AUGAGCCUUCAAGAAGCAACAGCAGCUGAUAGUGUCAAUGAGCUAUAUAGCUUAAUUGAGGAGGACGAAAAUCUCUUAGAUCAUGGAUCCCAGGGCCCCUUCCCAAAUACUCCACUGCACGUUGCCGCGGAGCAGGGGAAAACUAAAGUAGCCAUGGAGAUAGCCACCUUGAAGCCGCCAUUCGCUCGAAAGCUGAAUCGAGGGGGUUACAGUCCCAUGCACUUGGCUUUGCAAAAGAAGCAUUAUCGCACUGUGAGGGCACUGAUGACCCUUGAUCCUGAAUUGGUUCGAGUCCGAGGAAGAGGCGGGAUCACCCCUUUGCAUUUUGUAGCUGGGGAAAAAGGAGACAAUGGGUGGGAUAGCGUGGAGCUCCUCGAACUCCUGGCCGAAUUCCUAUCUGCUUGCAAAUCGUCCAUCGAAGACUUGACGAACCAAUGCGAGACUGCAGUUCACGUCGCUGUCAGGACGGGCAACAGCGAAGCAUUCAAGGUUUUGUUUGGAUGGCUUAAGCGAGUCCAUCUAACGCGAAUCUUGGAUUGGAAAGACCAAAACGGUGACACCGUCUUACACAUUGCUGCAUCCGAAAAGCAGCCCAAGAUCAUCAAGCUGUUGAUUGGGUACACGGCUGUAAAAGCGAAGAACUUCCAAGGUAAGACGGCUCUGGACAUCUUCCAAGAGAAUCCUAGCGGGGACCAAGAUCUAGCGAAAAGGUCACGCCGUCUAGGACGUCGGGCAAUUACUCCUACCCUCUCUCUAUCACAGUUUUUUAGCAAGGAACUAACUUACUUUGAGAAGUGCGCAAAUUGCUUCAGAAUCCCAGAUGAAUCCGCUCGCAACAUAAUCCUUGUAGUGUCUACCUUAAUCGCGGCUGCCACUUACCAAGCCGCUCUCACUCCUCCAGGAGGAUACUGGCAGGAUUCCUCUUCAAAUGCCACCACCAAUUCCACUGUCGUUAUCACCAAUUCCAGCAGCAUUGAUUCCGGAAAAAAACAUCAAGCCGGAGAUAUUAUCCUGAAAGGUUGGGGAUUCACUGUGUACACGAUCCACAAUAGCAUGGCCUUCUUCGCCUCCAUCACCACAAUCUGGGCUACCACUUUUACUGUAGAGGCCAACCCUUUGCUUCACAUCCCAAUACCCCUUCUCUGCGUUGCUUACUAUUGGUCUCUUGGUAUCCAAAUUCCGCAAGACUGUGAGGCGGCAGACUUUUACCUACUUGGACUUUUUGGGUUCUGUUUGAUCGCCGUGUUUGGUGCUCCCGUGCUCUGGAAGAUAAAGUACGAAAGAGCUCGACGACGAAUCGAUGCCACAAGGGGAUGCGUCGCAACUUUUGACGAUCGAAGGAUUCAAUGUGCUUGCAUUGCUGUUGGGAGACCUCAUCAAGCCGGAAACAUGAUCCUGAAGGGUUGGGAGCUAUUCGGGUUCACUGUCCUCAACAACACUGCUUUUUAG